AUGUUAAAAACGUUUCUUUUGUUGUCCAUUUUCUCCGCUACCACGUGCAGCCCGUUGGCUAAACUUCAAGCCCGAAACGGACUUAUGCCAUGGACGGUAAGUUGAGAUUGUUAAUGUUUCUCCGGGCUAUAGGAAGACUGCAUAAAGUGCAGAGAAACCUUUGGAAGUUCCACUGUACCCGUCAAUUAUCGGUUAUGUCUUUAGAUACCGUAUGGCGACUCCCCCCUGGGACCAGCAAAAGAAGCGAUAAAAGUGUGCCAUAAGCUCGAUUUCACUCCCGGGACCAUUCACAGUGCAAAAAACGUCUCAAACAUUCUUGGUAAGUCCGCCGGCCAAGCAGAACAUCAUACAUGGCUCGCGACUUGGAAAUCUUUGUGUGUCCAGAAAAUGUGUCACAAUGACAACGGUUUAAAAUGUGACUGUGGUAUAAAUAACGGCUGUAUAUGGCUAGGAAUACUGCCUAAAGCAAGUCAAAAAAUUUCGGUCAGAGGAAAGUUUCUCGCCACGGAAGAAAUCCAGAAAAUCCGUCAUCCAAUUAGGGCAUUGCAAAAGUUUUGAAUUGAGAUUUUUUAUGGGUGUUCCAGGGAGGACUCCUAUACAUAUACAGCUGUUGUUUAUAUCACUGUCACAUCUUAAACGGGUGUCAUCGUGACGCAUUUUCUAGAGAAACGAAUUUAUAAGUCCAAGGCCUUAUAUCCGACCAGUGUCUGUCAUCUCCAACUUCAAUCGCUUGAAAACGACCGAUUUUUUCGCUUUACCCAAGAUAUUUCAGACUUUGGACCACUCGGCAAUGUCACACGGAUCUUGCUCGGACUCUAUUCCGAGAAUAAGCAGUUCAAGUGGCUUGAAACGGAGGAGCCAUACGAUUACAACAACAUCAGACCAGGAGUCGAGAUUCCGGAUGGCCCCACUUUUUACGUAAUGGCCUAUGAAAACACUCCGGACCAAAAGGCCGGAGAAUGGCUUCCCGUCGACGGUAACACCGAGAUCGAUGCUGUUUUGUGCAAUCUAUUCAAAGCGUGA